CAAGCAAUAGAGCACAUACUAUCACAGAAGAGAGAGAGGGAGUGUGCGCUUGUGUUAAUUAAAAGUAGAGAAAGACAGUGGAGAGAGAGAGAGAGGGGAGAAAGGGGUGUGUGAGAUUGGGUGAACAAUUUAAAAUACAGACAGACGAGGAAAGAGGCAGAGAGAGGGAAAGAGAGUGAGAGAGAGAGAGAGAGGCAGAGAGAGCGAGAGAAAGAGAUAGAAAGAGAAAGAGAGAGUGAACACGAGAACACAUGAAAGUGAGAUCAGAAGGUGGGAAUUUUCCCCCGACAGAGGACGGACUGAGCUGACCAGUAUUGGACCUUGACAGCAAGGAUUACAAACUAACCCCUGUGGGCUAUAUUUGGUUAUUGAACACUGAAUGCACUGAACGGCCCAAUUGACUGGACUGUAUGAGGACAUGAAGUGGACUUGCUUUUCCUAAAGUCAUCUCUGAGUCUUUGGAAAUGUAUUGAAGAGGAAGAGAAUUACUUCUGAGGGAGUGUAGCUAUUUGAUGCCUCUUCUAUUUCAGACACAAGGGUAAUGUGUCAUUCAACAGGUGCAUAUACAGUACAGAAAAAAGUAGAGAAGACAGUUAGUAACAUGCUAUGUUGAGAGCACAAUACAGCUGCCAAAAUUCAUACCAAACUAACCUAGUUCCGAUCACAAACAUUUGGAUACCUGUAGGUAAACAAACACCUUCGCUUCUUGAAUGUGUUCUGGAAAAUUUCUCUGCUUUGACGCCUUUUCAUUUAUGACAGUGUAUUGGUACGUUACUGUAAAGCGAAAUACACACUAAACGCAGUUAGAUGGUAAUUUGAUCUCUCAACACACUGAACUAAUUACAAAGCGCAGGCAGGAAACAUAGACAGAGAUUUGUAAUUAAGUCUUGUCUAUAAAAAGCGUGAGGCGAAGAAGGGUGAGGUCUACGUUGCGAGGGGAAAGACACCCAGUGUGAGCCGAGGAGCAGAGACACCCAGCCUGGAGCAGCAGGCCUUGUUGGAAAGAAUCUUCCAGAAGCUGUUGGACAGGGGACAAGUGGGGGACCAUGGACUCUCAUGGAGGACACUUCCUCAACAAGGGAGCCGUGCUGUCUUUCCUGGGAGCUGCCCGCAUGUGCCAACUGCUGCUCAGCUGCACCAUCAUGGCCCUAGUGGCCCACGGUGCGGGCUACAGCGCCUCCUACGGGACGUUUUGCAUGUUCGUGUGGUGCUUCAGCUUCGCCGUCACCUUGGUGGUGUUCGUCCUGGACGUGACGCGGCUCCACGCUUGCAUGCCCAUCUCCUGGGACAACUUCACCGUAGCCUUCGCCAUGCUGGCCACCCUCAUGUACAUCACCGCCUCCGUCGUCUACCCCGUCUACUUCCUCCAGACGGAGUGCCCCGCCGAGGGCUGCGAGGUGAGGAACUACGGCAUCGCCGUCACCGUCUGCUCCAGCGUUUGUAGCUUCGCCUAUGCGGCUGAGGUGUUCCUGACCCGGGCCAAGCCUGGCCACGUCGUGGGCUACAUGGCCACCAUGUCGGGCCUACUCAAGGUGGUCCAGGCCUUCGUGGCGUGCAUCAUCUUUGGAGCCCUGGCCAACGACAGCGAGUACACCCACCACAUCCCCACCCAGUACUGUGUGGUGGUGUACAGCCUGUGCUUCUCCGUUACCGUGGUGGUGGUUGCCGCGACCGUGUCGGGGAGGACCUCCGCCCUGCGUUUCCCUUUCGACCGCUUUGUGGUGAUCUACACCUUCCUGGCCAUGCUUCUGUACCUCAGCACCGCCCUGGUGUGGCCCAUCUUCAGCUUCGAUAAGAAGUACGGCACCACCUCCCGCCCGGAGGACUGCCUACGGGGGAAGUGUGCCUGGGACAGCAAGCUGGUGGUGGCCGUGUUCACCAACGUCAACCUCAUCCUUUACUUCACUGACCUGGUGUACUCCCAGAGGAUCCGCUUUGUCUCCCAGUCUGCUGCCUAGCCCGAGGCUCCUCCACUGACCCUGGCCCACUGACACAGACACGCACAGGCAGACAGCUGGGCGGACAUCAUCCUCUAACCUCUAAUGAGGAUGUAGUAGAAAUCAUUUCUGAAAGCUUCAUCUGAACUACUGUCUUGUAGUGCAGUGCAGUGCCUUUGUAUAGUUGCUGUGUUGCCCAUCUUAAUCAGUGCUCCGAGUUUUAUAUGGCAUCAUCAUCUAAUUUCAUCAAAGGGAAUAUCAGAGUCAAGCUGUUAAAGGUUCAGCCAGGACCAAUUCAAAAUGCCCCCCCCCCCCCCCCAUCCUUCAAUGGCCCCCUGUUGGAGGCAGAAAACCAGGGGGACCAGAAAGGCUUAGCUAAGCAUCUUAGGCCAUGAGAGGAAGGAGGAGAGAUGGCCACCUCAGCACCCAAGUGCAUUUUCAUCUCCUAGUAUCAAGUUUGAAAUGUUCUGCCUCAGCAUGUCUUAGGACAAGCUUGUGUGAGCAGAAACAGGGUUGAAUACCUGGGCAGCAUAAGAACAUGGAAGGAUUACCAUAAUAAUGGUCCAUAUGAAGAUUUGUAUUUUCCCUGGCAGAGCAAAAACAUUGCCUUAUGAAGGAACCUUCACUUACUAUUUGUAACGAUCAUUUCAGAAGUUUGUUUGAAUAUAGGGCUUUCAAGUACACCUAGUAUUUAAGAGUACGAGAUCAGAGAUAGUAGAAGUAGAAGAGAUAGUAGUUUUUUCACUAUGAUGGACAUUGUUCAUUACAUACCUCGAUCAAAUCUAAUGUGCGUUCCUAAACAAUGAUGGGAUAAAUGAUGCAUUUUGAUCAAAUAUAGGUAUUUAGAAGUUAAUUAUUUAUGCUACUUGAAUCUGAAUGCUGUGUUAUAUUAGUCUAUAAUUAAAAGAAAUGCAAUGUAUUAAUCGUGUUUUCUAUUGUGAAAGUGUCUUGAAUAAAUGUGGAGAGUUUACAUAACUCAC